UAUAUCCGGUUUAGCCAUUCUCAUCACAAGGUUGAAACCUCUCUUCUCUUGCCCUUCAAGCUAAAAUGUCUGCUAGAGUUGAUAUUCCUGCUGAUACAAGCGCUGCUGCUAAAGGAACAGCACCCCUGAUAGCAGCUUCCACCCAUGUAAAUGGAGGAUACAAGAAGGGGCUUGCUAUCUUCGACCUCGUUCUGAGGUUAGGUGCUGUGGUGACUGCUCUAGCUGCCGCUGCCGCCAUGGGAACUAGUGAACAGACCCUUCCCUUCUUCACUCAGUUCUUCCAGUUCCAAGCAAGCUAUGAUGAUCUUCCCACCUUUCAGUUCCAUGUGAUUGCAAUGGCAAUAGUUUCUGGCUAUCUAGUCCUUUCCCUUCCGUUCUCCAUUGUGGCCAUUGUUCGUCCACACGCUACUGGACCUAGGCUUCUCCUCAUUAUUUUGGACACUGUCGCCCUAACUCUAAACACGGCUGCCGCAGCGGCUGCUGCAGCCAUAGUCUACUUAGCUCACAAUGGAAACUCAAGUGCAAAUUGGCUUGCUAUCUGCCAACAAUUUGGUGAUUUUUGCCGGAAAGCCAGCGGGGCUGUGGUGGCAUCCUUCAUUGCAGCUGUUUUGCUCUUGUUUUUAAUUGUGAUUUCUGCUUUAGCUCUCCGAAAGCGUUGACAGAUCAAGAGCUACUGAUCCUGUUUUCUUGAUUUUGCUUCUGGCUUGUUAUGAUCACGAUGAUGAUUGACUGAUGAAAUUUUUUUUUCUCUUUUUUUUUUUUUUAUUUUCUGGAUAUUUGAUGAAAGUGUAUGAACUUUUUAUUGUAUUGGGACAAUCUGAAAUGACAAAGAUCAUUCUGUUCUGUGUCA